AUGAAUAAGGAAGAGGAUAAAGGGAAUUCAUUCGAAAACAAUUCUCAAGAUAAUAAUUAAGAUUAUGUUUACUUAUUACAAUAAGACUAUUAUGAAAAAUUUAAGUUGGGAUAAAAUUUAUAUGAAUAAUCAGCCACAUUAUCAAGAAUAUCACUAGGAGAAAAGACAAGUGAAGAUAAUAAUAAUACUUUCUCAUAUAUCAAUAUGAUGAAUAUGAAAGAAAGAUUAUCAGAUUAGAUUUUGAAAAAUCAAGUAACUUAGUAUUUAAUUUUGGUUAGGUAUUAGAGAAUAAAAUAGAAUAGCUUUCUAAAGAAAUUACAGGAGCGUUGAAUCAUGUUAAAUUGCUUUAAAAAUAAAAUGAAUUACAAUCUGAAUUACUAAAGGAUGCAAAUGUUAAAUUGCAACAAAAAAAUAAAGCCAUAGAAAUAGAGAAAACAAUAAAUCGAUAACUUAAACGAUAGAUAUAAGAAUUAUAAAAACUUAACACGUAUAUCUCAAAAUGAAAAUAGCAAUUAUGCAGAGUAAAUGGAUACAAUGUCAUUAAAGAAAGAAUCUGUCAUUCUUUCAAACUAUAAAAAUUCUGGUUUGUUUAAGAAUUCCAAUCAAUCAAAUAGUUCAUCAUAGAGAAAAUUUUAUUCGAAUAAAAUCCAUUAAGGAUUAACUGAAGAUUCUACUUUCAAAGAUUCUUCCUGUAGUGAAUAGAAAUCUCAAGAUUUUAUUAGAUAUUCAGAGUCAGCCUAAAAAUUUUAUAAAUCUUCAAAUCUUUUAUCUCCAGCCUAAUAAAUAUCACCUUAACUCAAAAAUAAUGAUAUAGAAAGUAGAAUAGACUCUACUUUAGCAUAAAUUAGAGCUAUAAAAUUACAGAUUUAGUAAAUAAAAAAAAAAUGA